GCGACCAUGCCCAACAAGAUCACGACGAACCUUCUCGUCUUCGCCUUGAUAAGCGCGAUCGCCUUCCUCGAGGCGUGCAGGGAGACGCUCGUCGCAUGGCUCGCCGACGCCCUCGACGAGCAGGACGCCCCGACCUGGUACGACGACAGCGACGACGCAAAGACCACCUAUUGGUGGUCGUCGCCCAAGCAGCCCGACAACGCUGAUGACGAAGAGGUGCAUACAGAGUGCUCGUCCGAAGGCUGCGCCGUUCACGACGACUUGGAUGUCCAUGCCAUGCCGUCGAGCGCGGAAGCUCCGUUUCAACUAAAGCACAAGACCACGGACCUUCUCGUCGACGAUUACAUCUGCCCUUGUGGCGAGUGCCCCUGGUACAACCUUAUCGAAGCUCACGUUGCUGCCUAUCGCAUGCCACUGCAGCUCAAGCGGCCCGUGUGCCGAGUGCUGCAGGCGUACUCGACGUACAACGAGGCCGUCGGGUACUGCUCUGGCAUGGUGCCAUGGGCUCUGCACUGUGUACAGACGUGCGACGGCAACGAAGACACUGCGUUUGCCGCCUUUGUCAGCCUUUGCAUGCUUUGAGCACGCAUCCUCUUCCCAUGGAGAGCCUAUUUCACCUGAAUUUAAUUAAAUUAAUUACCCGUA